AUGGUUAAGCGUUCCAAGAAUAUGGAGACCAUUGGUAAAUAUGCCACGUGCUAUAGCAUGUCACUGAGGAAGAUGGUGGAGAAUAUUGAAGUCUCCCAGCAUGCUAAAUGUACCUGUUUUGUCUGCGGCAAGACCAAGAUAAAGAGAAGGGUUGGAGCUGCCUGGACUUACAACACAACUUCUGCUGCAACAGUCAAGUCCGUGGUUAGGAAACUGAAGGAGUCGAAGGACCAGUAA